AAAUCGCAUGCGUGAAGCACCCAGCCUUGGAGCGAGCUAUGGCCGGCCUUUUUGCGGAGGCGCUGCUGGUGUCUGUCUACGCCAAUGUGGAGGUUCUGCUCAUUUGCUGCGCGGGAAUCUACGCCGUCCAUCGGGGCGUGGUGCCGCCGGAGGGCUUGAAGAUCUUGUCUCGGCUGAUAGUUGAGAUCCUCUUCCCCUUUCUCGCCUUUUCCAACUUCCGUGCCUAUUCCUGGGAGCUGCUGGGGGAGUGGUACUUGGCCGGCGUUGGUUGCUUCUUGACCAUGGUGCUGGGGGCACUUCUCGGGAAGCUGGGGACCUUGCUUCUUCGCUUGGAGCCGCCCUACUCGAAGAUCUUCAUUCUUAGCACCACUUUUGGCAACGUGGGGGCGCUGCCUUACGUGCUGUUGCCCAACAUCGUCAGCAAUUGGAAACAUGUUAGCGACGUUCCGGAGACUCUCUACGAAGGUUACGGGAUCAUCUCACUUUGCGCACUGGUCUGGAAUUUAGUUCUUUUCGGCCUUGGCCGGCCUUACGCUCUUUCCGGCUUAGCUGAGAAAGAGUCCGCGAGCGAGGCGCCGAGUGCUCACAGUGACCGGCCUUGUUUUUCGCGGGUCCUCCAGAAGUUGCGGGGCGUGGACUGCGUGGUGUGGGCUUCGCUCCUGGCAAUCCUCGUUGGCUGCAUCGCGCCUUUGCGGGACCUGCUCAGUGAUCAGGCAGGCGGCGCUUUGCGAUUCGUGGGCUCCUUCUCUUACCAAAUGGGUUCCGCGGGGGUCCGAAUCUCCACGCUGGUGCUGGGGGGCUCGUUGUAUUUGGGCGGCACGACUCAGCUGGAGAAGCGCAGGGUGGAGAAAGUCCUCAGGGAGGAGCAGAGUGAGAACUGGACACCUCAGACGGCGAGGCUGGAGUGCCAAGCUGAGCUUGGUGAGACGAACUGCUGCAGCUUGUCGCCCAUGGUGCGGUUGGCAGUGGGCGCUACCUUUAUCAAACUGGUGCUGAUGCCUGCGAUCUCCAUCCCCUUGAUAGUCCUAGCUGUGAAGGCUGGAGCAAUCGGACGGGACCAACCCAUGCUGUUUAUGGUUUUGAUGAUCCAGACGGGUGUGCCGUCUGCGCAGACCACCCUCGCUCUGGUGGUGUCAGCUGGCUUGCAGAAAGUGGCGGGGGAGAUGAGAAGCAUUGUAUACAUUCCUAUGUAUGUCGCGUCUGUGGUCACAGUGGCCAUCGUCAUCGUGAUUUCUGUGACGCUGUUCGAUACCUUCGACGCGCCCGGCAAAGCCGGCCCAGACGCGUUCCAAAAUGCCACCCUGUGAACAGAGGUUCAGGGAGCUUCGCAGACUAGCUGCCCGGGCAAACCAUCAUGGAAGCAUGUGUGGUGUGCGCGUGGCAGCAGCAUGUUUUGCCUAUUUAGAUUGCUCUUGGCGCCAUGGAGCAGUGUCCGGGGGAAAGCAAGGCGGCUUGCCAUUUGGGCGCGUCUGAAGUUCUCCCGAGUUUGGCUGCAGUGAUCUUUUCCUGUGUUCAAAGCAGGAUCGGCGUGUGCCCCA